CGUCUAUUAUCUCAAACAGAUCCGCCAUGCCUGGCUUCGAUUUCUCUAAUUACAACCGCAACGCGGCCCUUCACGCCAAGGGUGUGCCUCUGCCCAAGGCGACCAGCACUGGAACUACGAUUGUGGGAUGCAUCUAUGACAAUGGCGUGGUGAUCGCAGCAGAUACCAGGGCGACUAGCGGGCCGAUUGUGGCGGACAAGAACUGCGAGAAAUUACACUUCAUUGCUCCUCAGAUCUGGUGUGCCGGAGCCGGAACUGCGGCGGAUACUGAGUUUACGACGGCGCUGAUCUCCUCGAACAUUGAGCUGCACUCGCUAUCGACGGGCCGGAGCCCACGCGUGAUCACUUGCAUGACGAUGCUGAAGCAGCACCUGUUCCGGUACCAAGGACACAUUGGAGCAUACCUGGUGGUGGCGGGCGUGGACCCGACGGGGGUGGGCCUGUACACGGUGCACGCGCACGGCUCGACGGACAAGCUGCCGUACGUGACCAUGGGCUCGGGCUCGCUGGCGGCCAUGUCGGUGUUUGAGUCGAUGUGGAAGCCCAACCUGGACCGUCAGGGCGCGGUGGACCUGUGUGCCGAGGCCAUUUUGGCCGGUAUCUUCAACGACCUGGGCUCCGGCAGCAACGUGGACGUCUGCGUGAUCGAGAAGGAAAAGCCCACGCAGCUGCUGCGCAACUACAUCAAGCCCAACGAUCGUGGGCAGAAAGAGCGCAACUACCGUUUCCCCAAGGGAAGCACGGCCUAUCUCAACCAGAAGAUCAUCUCCAAGGAGGACAUGCGCAAGUAUGUCACGAUCGAGGAGCUUUCGGGGGACAAGGACCUGGCUGCCGUGGAGAAGAUGGAGGUGGAUACUUAGGAGGCUUCGGGUGUCUACACAAUCUGAAACGAUAAG